AUGCUCUGGAGUCCCAAAGAACAGUUUCAGAUUGCUCUCAAUUGUCCUUUGCAUGGUAACGAUCUACAUCCAAACCAGUGGACAAGAUGCGUUUCUGGAAAAGGUGGAGAAAAAGCUAGGCUAAUCUAUGAUUUCAUGGAAGAUAUCGUUCUUCUACAGAGAAUCUACAGGUGUGGAAAUGAUAGACAAAGACACAAAUUGCGGGCGACCACGCCCGAUGUUCAUAAUCUGCUUCCAGGAUACAUUCAAGAAUUUUUCCCCCUAGAGAUUUUCCAGAGAUGUGGUGUUUCCAAAGCUAUGGUUCAUUUCUUUGACAUCCAAAUUUUAGAGGGAGUUAGCUUUCUUAAAAUAAGCGAAGGUUUGGCGUCUUUAAACUAUCGCCAGUAUCUUCAAAGAAGAAGGAUAUAUUUCAGUGCACGCAAAUGUAAUAUGUGCAGCGUACCAGACAUCGCUGAGUUCCACAAUAAUCCUCUAUAUUCUUUUCCGAGCAAUGACCAGAUAAUGAAGAUUUUCCUCCACAAUUUUGAAAAAAACAGGGCAAUUUACGAUGAGGAGAUGAACCGAUUGACAGUUUCAUCUUUGUCUUGUGAUCACACCUUUAAAAUAAGUCGCAAUAUUGGGUUCGUCAGGGAGAAAGAUAACAAAUUUGUAACCCAGUUUCACCAAUUAUUUAUUUGCCUAAAUGAACGUGGGGAAGUUGUGGCAUGGAAAUUGACAAAGUCGACGUCCUUCAAUGAAAUUGAAGACCUUCUUAUCCAACUCAAGAGAAGGCUGUCUUUUUCUGGAAACUCUUUAAAGCUUGUUGGCGUGGAUGAUUGCUGUCAUGUUAGCAGCAAGUACAGCAAUAUCUUUCCAAACGUCUCUGUCAAACUUGAUCUGUUUCACGCAUGUCAAAGAAUAACGAGAACAUUUUCUCGACAAAGUGCUCUUCAUAAAGAAGUGUCAAAAUCUUUUGUUCAAAUAUUUCGUGACGACGAUGACCAAGGCGAGAAACGACUUAAAAGCACUGUGUACAAGGAAAAGAUGGAAAAAAAUCUUAACUCGUUUAUAGAACGCUGGAACAAUGUUCUCUUUAGCCCUCUUACAGAAGCAACUUUUAUAGAAAUUGAAAAUCUACGCAAGCACAUACAGAAAGGCUGUUUAUCAGAAAUAUUUCCAGGAUGUGGUACAGAGAGAAACGAGGGAUUGCACAGACUUUUAAACAGGUCGAUGAUUUCUGGAGCCACUACUCUUUCCGUCCAACUAGCAAUAGCAUUGCCGACUCUAUUAUUCUACCAUCACAACCAAAAAAUAUCUGCAGAAAAACAUUGUUGUAGUUCAAAAAUCAAGCCUGUGGCAACAGUCGAAAGUAAUGUCACCAGCUGUAAUGCGUUAACUGGAAAUGCUGAAUUUGAAACAGAGUCAGUUGAUGAUAAAGUUCGGCAGCCUCAGUUUUCAACAGAGUUAGAUAUAGAGGAUGGAAAAAUUUUCCAGAUUUCCGAAAACUCAUUUGCUUCGAGUAAUCCUUUUGUUAUAAUGGUUGAGACCAUUGAAGAUCUCAGUCAGGAAUCGAUUGCAGUGGCUCUAAUAAGUGCAACGUAUAACCUUUCCGAAAUGAUAAAGAAAGUAAAAGAGAAAAACAAUGAUCGUUCUUUUAAUGCUCUUGACAUUGUUCAUCUCAGCAAAAUGACAAAACUUCUUACUUCUGAAGACAACAUUGACACCGACGACCCAACGAUCAACAGCCAUAGUGAGACGCUUAAACGGCAUUUAGCCACAUUCAACCUGCAGCUGGAUAUGAGUCCAAUCUGA